AUGGGGUACCCGUGCCAGGUCUUCCACGCCUCCGAGCUGCCCGAUCGUGUGCAGGCCGACCUGAAGGGCCGCAAGCGCAAGCUCGAGGCUGGUGAGCGCAACGUCGACCUUAAGAGCUGCGAGCUCCUCGAGAUGCUGCAGUACAAGUGCGAAAUCAAGGAACCUGUCACGUGGGACAGUGCCGUGCAGUGCUACGCUGUUGACCGGCUGUUCCGCAAGUGCAAAGACAGAAAGGGCACUUUUAUGGUUGAGACUACGGCGUGGGAGGGGAAGGAUUAUUCGGCCGCCGCUGAAAAAGGCGGCAGCAGCAAAAACAGCGGCAGCACUGAAGAGAAGCCUCCCCAACACUACCACUGGUCGUCAAGCUGGAGCUCACCCGAUUCAGCUCGGUGA